UAUUCCGUCGACUGCUAAUGCCAGAUAAAAACAAAACAAUCAAACGUAUUCCGUGUGAUCAACUAGUCAUUUAAUCUCUUUAUUAACUAGAAGAAAACAAGGAGGUUUCGGAAGGGGAUGGAAGGCAAAGGAUUGCCGUUUUUCGGACCUAGCGUCGAAUUCUCUUCGGUUCCGCCUAUCGAAACCAAAAGAAUCUUGAGUUAUUUCAAUCAAUUUGUCUCCAAUUCGGUCCAAUUGCUGAACAAAUUCGCCGUUAUAUGUGAUACCAAACUGGUGGAUCUCGAUUUUCGAUUACAAGAUAUUGAAGCAACACUAGCCAUUCUGGAAGCAAAGCUGGCUUCGAUUCCAUCGCUGGAAUCCACUGCAGUUCCGGCUCUACCGCCACUGGCGCCUACUACCAGCUCAUCUUCUACGCCAUCGUCCGUCAUCGUUCCUAUUCCACCACCUGUCCCGUCAGGAGCCGUUCAUGAAAAUGUUUCCGACGUCCACCAGACGGCAGUCGUGCCUCCUUCUAAUCCCGAAAUCCUUCGAUUCGUGAAAAUGUUGGCAGUUGGCGUCCCUCUAAUGGCCGUCGAGCAGAAAAUGCGAGCAGAAGGUUACGAUCCGUCGUUGCUUAAUAGCGCAAGAACCGAUGCUGCCAAGGUUCCAGCACCAGCUCGAUCGAACCACUCGAGUUCCGACAACGAAGAAUCCAACAGCGACGAAUAUUAAUAUGAUACAGCAAUUAUGUGAUUGAAUCAUUCCAAAAAAUGCAGUCAAAAACGAUGCCUUCUAUACUCUCAUGCAUGAAGAUUCCGACUUAUACGUAGACUUUACAGUUUCUUACGAAAUGGACGGACUCGUUGUAAACCCAGAUCGCUAAUCAGUCCUAUCACGUGAUAAUUUGUCUUGUGGCCCAGGUAAUAUUGCAGUAACAACAACACUCUUGAGUUAUGGAUGAUUUUGGCAUUAGGAAAAAAAUAAAAAAACAAAAAUUAAACAAAAAAGAAACCGGUCACGGGCCGUCAGGACAUUUGCCAAGUCUCUGAACGUCCUUGAGAAUCUUCCAGUUGUUAGACAGUGGUGAUCUAGACGGCCCAACGGGGACCCGAGAACAACCAGCCCACAGGAGGUGUUGGAGGACCAGGCGAAAUCAAAGCUGCAUAUUGAUUUGCCAAUGACAUAAAGAGCCCUCUAAUAUCAUGUUGCUACUGCAAAUGGUCGCUUAGCUUCUCGGCUCUAGUCAAUAAAAAAUGAAAUGAAAAACUAAAA